AAAUUGGGAAUAGCGAUUAACAACGGUUUAGGUUAUAUCCUAGGGGAAAAGUGUCCAUAAUAGGAAUAAACAAGAAAGGGCAAGAUGUUUCAAUCAAGUUUUGCAAACAGAGAAAAGCCAUCACCAGGGAAGAAUGCCUUCGUCUCUUGUGUGGCUUCAGUGAGGACACCUCACGCUGCAUCUCUGGGGCUCCCAGGCCCCUCUGCCUUGUCAGCAUUCUUCUAUUUCUGGGUUAAGGAGCUCAGGAUUCUCAUUUGUGGCUUGAGAAACACAGCCUCCUAAUCCAGGAGAGUAAGAAGAUUUACAACUCUGGACGUGCAGGAGUGAGCGGUGGAGCAAAUGCCUUUAGGAGCUGGGCCUGAAUGUGAGGGAAAUAUCUGACUAUGCAGCCUCCCCCAGCAAAUCCUCUCCAAGGCCUAAUCUGACCGAGGUCAAAGAGAACCCUUCCACUGCCAUGAGGCAGGGAACCCUGACUCUUGGCCAGUGCUGUGGAUAUCAUCAUUGCCUUUUUGGGGAGAAGGUACACCAGGCUAGGCCUGUACCUCAUUUAUUGGACUCCAGAUCUGGAAGAAAUGAGAUCAGGCCGGGAUCCCUCAGCCAACUCUGAAGACAGGUUGGGUAUCACACCCAUGUGUUACAGUGAUUCCUGCCUUGUGUUCUUUGGUAAAAAAUAUCUAAGAUUUCCCCUUCCUUUUGUCAGCAAACAAUUCACAUUCUUUUGGGCCUACUAUCUGUCCUGAAGAAACACUGUACCUACAACCAUGGGAAGUGGCACCUCAACCCACCAUCAGUUUGCUUUCCAGAAUGCAGAGAAAGCCUUCAAGGCAGCGGCCCUGAUCCAGAGAUGGUACCGGCGCCACAUGGCACGCCUGGAGACGAGGCGGCAAUGUACCUGGAGCAUCUUCCAGUCUAUAGAGUACGCUGGGCAGCAAGACCAGGCCAAGCUCCACGAUUUCUUCAGCUACCUUGUGGAUCACUUCACCCCCAGCAGUCACAGCGAGAGGGACUUCCUGAACCGCAUCUCCCGGGACUCUGAUAUGGACAAAUACAGUGACUAUGAAUCCAUAGAGGUGCCAGACAAUUACACAGGGCCACGUCUCUCCUUCCCACUCCUUCCUGACCAUGCAACUGCCCUGGUGGAAGCUUUCAGGCUGAAACAACAUCUCCAUGCUCGCUAUGUCUUGAAUCUUUUGCAUGAAACCAGGAAACAUCUGGUACAACUGCCAAACAUUAACCAGGUCUCUAUGUGUUACAGCGAGGAGAUCACAGUGUGUGGAGAUUUACAUGGACAGUUGGAUGACUUAAUAUUUAUAUUUUAUAAGAAUGGCCUCCCGUCACCAGAAAGGGCCUAUGUGUUCAAUGGUGACUUUGUGGAUCGAGGCAAGGAUUCAGUAGAGAUCCUGAUGAUUCUUUUUGCCUUCCUGCUGGUUUACCCCAAAGAGUUCCAUCUUAACCGAGGAAACCAUGAGGACCACAUGGUGAACUUACGAUAUGGUUUCACCAAGGAAGUGAUGCAUAAAUAUAAGAAACAUGGCAAGAAAAUAUUAAAAAUACUGCAAGAUGUUUUCUGUUGGCUUCCACUGGCCACUCUGAUUGAUGAGAAAGUCCUGAUUCUUCACGGUGGCGUGUCAGACAUGACUGACCUGGAGCUUUUAUCUAAACUAGACAGGAACAAGAUUGUUUCCACUUUGAGGUGCAAAACAAGAAAGGAGAAUGAGAAGCAGGCAGAGGAGAAGGGAAAAGCCAACCAGGCGAGCAAGGCAGGGAAACCCUCGCCGUGGUUUCUCCCCCCUUCACCCCUUCGCGUCAGUACCCACAAGGCCCACAAAGCAGGCUGCUCCUCCAGUGUUCCCUGCAGUAGCCCCCUCCAUCCCAGAGGGGACUCCCGGCAGGUACGGAGCUCAGUGGACCUGGGGCUGGAGAGAUGCCCGCAGCACGCAGGAUUCCCGGUGAUCAAGGAGGAGGAGGAGCCGUGGCUCUUCACGUCAGAAGCCGACUCGGAAGCUGGAGAGCUGCCGGAGCCCACUCAGGAGGAGUGGAGGCAGGUGGGUGUGGCCAGGUGCUGCUCCCUGGAAUUUGGCUGCCAUCAGGAGGUAUCAGGGAUUUUAAAAACUAGAUCAAAUCUCCUCCUUCCAUGUAAUUUUUGCCCCUCUGUCUGUCUCUACUUGGGAUUAUCACACCCCAGAAAGAUAUUCAUAUUUGCCGUGCUAACCAUCUUUUCUGCCUCCAACUACUAUGAAGUUGGCAGUAACAAAGGAGCCUAUGUCAAACUGGGUCCAGCCCUGACCCCACACAUCGUGCAGUAUCAAGCUAACAAGGCCACCCACAUGCUAACCAUGAGGCAAAGGCAAGACUUGUCAAUGAAUGAUUUUCAGAAAAACAGAAUUAUAGUGUUUAUAGAACCUUUGAAGUAUCAAAUGUUAUAUGUUUAUCCAAAUUCUAAAGGAACCCUCAUUCAGAAUCCAUUUACUUUUGGGUUCAUCUCACUGGAUGAGUUCAGGCAGACUUGGAAGCUGUUCAGCUCUCAUAUGAAGAUCGACAUCACAGAUGACUGCAUCCGUGACCUUGCCCGGAGCAUUGACUUCAACAAGGAUGGCCACAUCGACAUCAAUGAGUUCCUGGAGGCCUUCCGCCUUGUGGAGCAAUCCUGCUCAGAGGGCAAUGCCUCAGAUUGCCCACAAGCCACAAACACUAAUGGCAGUGGCUCCAGCAGGCCAGGCACGCACUAAGCACAGCCUGGUCUCCAUCAACCAAAGUGCCUCGUAAGCGAUGCCAAGCUUGUCGCUGAAUUAGCUCCCUUAUUCUCCAUACGUUUGUGCAACUUUGUGUUGAGAAUUUGCCAACUAAUAUGCAUCAGAAUCACCUGUGUAUUUGUGGGUGUAGGGUGUGUGUGUGUGUGUGUGUGUGUGUGUGUGUGUGUGUAUGUGUGUGUAUUUUUAAAUAUAUAGGUGACCUAGCCCCAUCUCAGAAUUUUCACAAGGUGGGACCCAGGUAUAAGUAUUUUUUAAUUCUGAAGUCUACCCUAGUUAAGAAUCACUGAUAAUUCAACUCCCUCAGUGUUUUCAUUUUAUGCCUUUUAUUUAUCAUUUUUAAAAUGUCAUAUUGGUAAAGGAAAGUUGUGAAAAAUUGUUUAUGUAAUCCCAUGACCCAAACAUAUGAUUCUUUUCAUUAUUUAAUUUUUCUUAUUAUAACUAUAGUACUAUAUCAUUUAGUGUUCUGCUUUUUAAAAUAAAUCCACAUUUAAUGAUAAGCUUUCCUAUGUUGCUACAUAGUCUUCAUGAAUAUUAGUUUAAUGGCUGCAUAAUGCUCAUAACUUUCUUUCAAAUGGAUGCAAUAUAAUCUAUUCAACCAUUUGUCAAUUGUUCAGCAUGUGUAUUGUUUCCAGUUUUUCAUUAUUAUAAAUAACACUGUGGUUAGUAACUUUGUGCACAUAGCUUGUUUUACAAAAAUCUUUUAAAUUACACAUUUUCUUAGCAUAAAAUCCCAGGAAUGGGAUUAGUUUGUCAAAGGGUGUUAUAUUCAUAUAUAAAAAGAUUUACUAUAAAAAAAUUGGCUCACGUGACUAUGGAGCCUGAGAAGUCCCAAAGUCUGCAGUCACCAAGCUGGAGCCAGGAGAGCUGAUGGCGUGUUUCCAGUCUGCGUCCAAACUCAAAGGCAGGAGAAGAUGAUGUUCCAGCUCAAAGACAGGCAGAGAGAGACUUCUUUCUUACUCAGCCUUUUGUUCUAGUCAGGCCUUCCAGGAAUUGUACGAGGCCUACCC